AUGUACACUUCGUGCGAAACGAGUGAGCCAGCGGUCAUGACUGGCUACACACUCCCUCCAACAUCAUUCCCGAAGGAUUUUGAACUACAAGGCUUUGCAGAAGAAUCCAAUUCCAAUGACAAGGCUAUGACCACUCAGACCUCUGAAGUCUACAAUGUCCAACAACAGGAGGAUGCUACCACCAGGGAAGCAACAGUUAGAGCAAAGAAUGAUUUCAAAGUUCAGUUUGACCACCACCGAGGAAAUGCAAAGGUCAUAUUAGACAUGGAGCAAAUCAUCAAACGGAAUGUAUUCAAUGAAUCUGAGGAACAUGAAAGAGCCAAUCACAUCUUUGGUUCGAAGAAAGUCAAUUGGAAGCAAAUACUCUCGAGUUUUACUUUUGAUAUGGAGGUGUUUCAAACUGUGUUGAGUGUGUUGUCAGCAGCUUUUUUCAUCAUUUCUUCAUACAUUCAAAUGGAUAUUGAUGGAAGUCUAUUGUCACUGCGUGUUGUGGAUUUGAUCUUUUCGAGUUUAUUUAUUGUGUUUUUUGUCAUCAACUUUCUAUUAGCUAAGGACAAAAUCAAGUACUUCUUCAAACCACUUUCAAUACUCGACUAUGUCACUGUCAUUCCUUCUCUAACCAUUUCAAUAAUUUCAUUCAAUCCUUCCAUUGAUGUUGACAGUCUGUAUGCAUUUGUAGGUCUAUUAAGAGUGUUGAGAUUGUUGAGACUAAUUCCACUCGUUCAGAAGGUUGCUUCAAAGGGAGAUAUUAAUUCUGUACUGGCCAAAGUUAGUGAGCUAGCUUUUACCGUGUUGUGUUUGCUGGUAAUUUUCACUGGCAUCUUUCAAUGGAUGGAAAAGUUUUUUGGAAACAAGGAUAUUUAUUUUCACGAUGCGUUAUAUUUCAUUGCCAUCACAAUAUUUACAAUUGGAUACGGAGAUAUUUCGCCCACAACUGUACCAUCGAGAUUUGCUGUAAUUAUAUUCUUCGUGAUCGGCGUUUCUCUAAUUCCACUACAAAUAUCAGGAAUUUACGAACUCAUAACCAGUGAAAAGAGUGUUUUUAAGGUUAAGAACCCAACACUUAAAAAUCAUGCAGUUGUAACAGGAAAAUGUAGAGUGGACGAAGUUGUAGAUUUCAUCAAAGAGUGCUUUCAAUACAAGAGCAAGAAAGUCAAAAAAAUUAUUUUGCUAUUCAAACAACGAGAGUUUUGUGACCAAUUGAAGGAGAGUUUGAGAAAAUGCAAUUUUAAAAACAAGAUUCAUGUUCUUUGUGGUGAUAUUAUGAAUUAUGACAUGCUGAACCUGUUGAAAAUUUCCCAAGCUCAUAGUGUAUUCUUGUUGAACAGUCCAAAGAUGGGCAAUGCAAGAAAAGAAGACACAUCAGUGAUCAUGACCACUAUUGCGCUCAAAAACUUUAAUCAAAAUUUGAAGGUUUAUGCUCAAAUCAACCUCAUCGAAUCGCGACAUUAUGCCAUCAAGGCAGGAGCAAAUAUUGUGGUUUGCAAUGACGUUUUAUGCUCCAAAGUGCUCUCUGCCUCUGUUAACUCGGCUGGUUUUUGCUGUUUUUUGUUUAAUUUAUUAAGCGGAGCUGAUGUUUCCAUUUCCAAAGACAACAUUCCAAAAGGUCUAUUGACGGGCAACGACUUUAAAUUGAAUAUGAACACAGUUAAGGACCAUUCCUCUAUUGAACAUGACAUCAAGUGGCUGGUUGAAUAUUCGGAGGGUCUAAAUUGUGAAAUCUAUCGAGUUCAAUUCAGUACUGUAUUCUCGAACAAGCUUUUCAUUGAGGUUGCUGAGUUGCUAUUUACAAAGUUAGAAAUCAUUGUAUUUGCUAUCGAAGAUGGAGCUAAUGGUAGAAUUUAUUUAAAUCCUUCCAGAUAUGUCAUUCGAGAAGAGGAUAAAUGCUUUUGUAUCGCUCGAGACAUUGAACAUGCCAAGCAAGUUGAGGAAUUCAAGUUUACUGAAGAACUCUCUCUCCAUUUCAACAAGAGGAGAAAACUUCAAAACUUUGAAGUGUCUACUAUUGUACCAAAGAAAGAAGAUAUUAUUGAUUUGGAAUGCUUCAAUUCCAAAUUUUCAGAAUACAUCAGAUCGGAACAGGUUAGUAACGACGAGAAAACCAAAGGAGAACUGGAAAUUAUGGAGCUAGAAGAAGAGCAAAAGAAAGUUGCAACUCUAUCACCCAACACAUCAAGAACAGACUCCAAGGAACAGAAAAGACUUUCAAAAACAUUUUCUGUUAGGAGAGAGCCAAAGAACAAUGUCAAAAAAUCUCGAAGUAGAUCUACAACUUCUACCACCAAACAUAGCGCAGAUAUUUAUUUGCUCAGAGGAAAGCAUGAAGAAACUGAAGAAGUCAAUACGCUUCAUUUGGAAAUUUUACUCAAACUCAUUUCCCCUGAACCUUACUUUAUAGAGAAGAGAAUGAUGUUGAAGUCUCUUAGAGAAAAUCUUACUGGUCAAGCACUUGAAGAAGCAGAAAAAGAUUUUUAUGCUAGUAUCAUGAAAAGUUAUAACAUGACAACAAAUCCAAGACCAAAAGAAGAAUUUCUAAUCUCAAGUUUUAAAGUUCCAUUUGCAAUUAAGGAUCAUAUUUUGGUGUUAGGAGAAUUUAAGCAGCCAUUGAUUAUCUGCUCUAUUGUUAGAUCUUUGCAGAGAAAGAACAGGUUUACACCCAUAGUAUUUAUGACACAUUUGGUAGACAAGUAUUUUAAUUAUUUAUACGAACGGUUGAAACAUUUUUCUGGAGUUUACUUUCUUUCUGGUAAUCCAAUGAAAAGCCAUGAUUUAAGACGAGCAGGUUUUUCUGUUGCCAAAUCGGUGAUGUACUUUACACAAGAUCAAGCCUUAAUGGAACUCGGUGGAUUUGACAAUUCAGAGGAUGCCACAAGCGCCGAAAACGAAUACACAGUUGACUCUGAGGCUAUUAAAUUGGCACUGAGUAUCGCUGUCAUGGACCCAGAGAAAAACCACUUAAUCGAAUUAGUGAACAGAUCUAACUUGAAAUUCUUCCAGCAUGCAGGCAUUCCUACUUAUCAAAAAGUGAGAUUUUUGAGAGAUAGAGGGUUAUUGGAUUACGAUAUUGACGAAUUUGAUCAAUUUUGCUUAUUUUCAGAUUUUUAUAUUUCUGGCAAAAUAUUUCCUUCUUCGUCAUUCCUUAGUAAGGUUUUGGCACAAUCUUUCCACAACAAGAAAAUUGUUGAUUUGGUUGACCAAAUGUGUGCUGAUGAAUUUGUGGCUGGAGACAACCAAUCCGUUAUUUUUGAAGUGCCUUUGCCCUCAGUUUUUUCCAACUUGACAGUUGCAGAUCUAGCGAAUGCAUGUUUUGAGCAUGACCUCGUUCUUCUGGCCAUCAGCAGACUUAAAUUUGGUGAACAACAACGAUACAUUUAUACCAAUCCAUCUCUCACGGUGUGUUUACAAACGACAGAUAUUCUCUUUUUAUGCGGACAUCGAAAGAAUUUCAGAAAUUUGUUAAGGAAGCAAAAAUGUGAAGAUUCUCAAUAUCAAUCGGAAUGGACCCAAUACACUUUACCUGAUGAUGUAGUUGUGGAAAUUAACUUAUCUCCAAGAGUGGCUGCUGAUGAUGAGCCGCAGCUCUUUACACCAACUAGUGCUGGUGAUCUGCAGACACCUCUUGGUGCCAGUAUUCAGUCAAAAUGCGGAUAUCCCUACAUUCCCACGUCGACAAAGCCCAUCAGGAAUAAACGGUUUGAACAAUUGGCAUUCAACAAUACGUAUUCUUAUAACCCUACGCAUGGAGCGUUGGAUAUUCAUGCAAAUCCAGUGAUGGUUGCCGAUGGAUAUUCGUUCAAGAUGGUUCUAGUGCAUUAUUUCAAUUCUUUGGGUGCUUAUGUGAAUGAAACUAUUUUGGGCUGUGGUGAUAACGGAAACAAUCAACUUGGAUAUUAUUAUGUGCCUCCCUAUGGUGUUUCUCCUAUGGCUCCUAUUUAUACAUUCAGUAACGAUAGUUUAUUGGCAAUUAAUCCUUUGAGGAAUGAAAAAGUAGUUCAGCUUACGUGUUGGUUCACUUGCCUUGCAUUGACAAGUGACGGCAAAGUGUUCAUUCAUGCCUUGUAUUCGAGAGCUUGGACUCAAGUGACUGACAUACCUGCAACUAUGAUUCAUCCUGAUACUUUGGCUGAAAUUCCUGUGAAUAUUACUCAAAUUGAUGAAGCAGGUAAUUUUGGAGAUGAAACUUACUUUGCAUUGACAAGUGACGGUUUUGUGUUUUCAUGGGGAGGAAAUAACACGGGCAUUCGAGGACAUAGUUUCGAAAACAUUUCAGCAACCCCUAACUUAAUUCCAACCUUAAGAAACAUCUCUAAAAUUGUCGUUGGUUCCAAUGACGACUCACAAUCUCACAUUGCUUUGGCCAUCAAUUCCACAGGUCAUUUAUUCACAUGGGGAAGCAAUCAAAACGGAGGUCUAGGACUUGGAAUUUCUGAAACGACCAAGGAAACCAUUGUGGUCAUACCUCAACUCAUUGCAUUGGAUUAUGAUGUGACUGGACCUUUUGUUGGAGCUGAUAUUAUGCACUCCCAUGUUGUGGCAUGGACGAAAAAUGGUCAAAUUUACACAUGGGGAUCUGAUGAAAAUUAUGAAACAACCAUUAUUGGAGAAGGAACUCAAAUUUUACCGUAUAACCUUACCGAAGCUUUUUACAACGCUGCUGCCUCAGCGUCAAUUUCUUCACCCGAGUUAAAAGAAUGCAGUGCUGCAAAAGGAGCCACUGCUUGUUUGAUUAGUGGAAAGAUUUUCUCAUUUGGAGCAUCGCCUCAACAAGGAACAGAGCAAUUGUCAACCCUUGCUGUCGUUCCUAAUUUACCAACAGAUGUGGUUCAUUUCAAGUUAUUAAGGGAAGGAGGAAUUGCUUUUUUAUCCAAUCAACAAGUAUUUACUUGGGGUGAAAAUUAUAGAGGACGCAAUUGUUUUGAUGAUUAUCUACAAAUUCAAUAUGCACAACCCAUCAGUCAAAAUCCACCGACUCCCUAUCGACCUUUUAUGAAUAGCACAGAGUCGACUCCAUUGAGCAAAGUCAUUGUUCGAAGUGGAGAAGAAUGUAAUUAUGCUCUCGUGAUCAAACCAAAUUCCACAAAAUCGUCGCUGCAUGUUUGGGGAGCUUGUCCCAACAAGUUGAGUUUGGGAAUGGAACCAACUGUGACUUCACCUUCGGACGAUCAAUAUUCUUCUUUGAAUACUGUGGAAAAUAUUGUCGAUGUGAGCUAUAUGAAAGCUCAUGCGCUUGCAUUGACCGAUCAAGGAACAGUAAUUGGUUGGGGUGACAGCAAUUCGUAUCAAUUUGGAGUGAAUCCAGCAGAUAACUUGUCCCCUUUUGCAUUGUUACAAGAUCAUGUCGAUUGGAAAGCCAAACGAAUUUCUGCAGGUAUUGGUUUUUCUCUCAUCUUGCUUAGUAAUGGAACAUUGAUUGGAGCUGGAAAGAAUGAUAAGGGAAAUUUGGCGAGCUCAACAAGUCCUGUCACAACGUUUACAUUUUUGAACACCUCAAUUUUAGGCUCAGAUUCCAUUAUUGAUUUUGCAGCAUGUAAUGAAGUUUCGUAUAUAGUUUCGUCGAGUGGAAAAGUAUUUGGAGCUGGAUCUAAUACUGGACGUCGAUUGACCAAUGCAACCACCGAAGAUCCAAUUCCUUAUUUUGUACAAUUACAAGGUGGAAUCAUUGAUUCUAAACGAAUUAUUAAGGUCGUUUGUUAUGAUUAUGCAGUAUUAUUAUCAGACGAUGGAGUUGCAAUGGUAUAUUUGGGAGGUACUUCACAAGUAUUGAAUCUGACGGAUCCAACAGAUUCUGUGAUUGAUAUUUCUUGCUACAGAAAUGAAGAUGUAAGAUCUACUAGUAAUAAUUUCGACGUUCAUUUAAUGACACGAAAAGGAAGUGUCUAUGGAAAGGGUAUGAAUGAAUAUUUUGAAGUUAGUCCAACACUUGAAAGUCAGAUUUCUGAUACUCCAACUCUGACAUUUUCAAAACAACUACACGGUGCUAUUCCCUAUGCCAUUGCCACUGGUUUUCGACAUGGUAUUUCAGUACUAGGAACCGAAUGGACAUGUUUCUCUAAGAACGCCACCGACGACUCGGUUUGUAAUUCACUAGGAUUUUGUGUGGCACCUGACACUUGUCGUUGUAAACAUCAUGCCAUCACUGGAGAGGAUUGUGGAAUCUAUAGCUGCUUUGGAAUUUUACGAAAUGAAUCCAACGUGUGUUCAGGAGCCGGAAAUUGUACCUUUGUGGACACUUGUCAAUGUUCUGAAGGAUUUGUAGGUGCGAAUUGUUCUGUGGCCUUACCUAAAUGUUAUGGAAAACUUUCAACAAAACCUGACGUUUGCAAUGGAAGAGGAACGUGUGUUGCAAAUAACACUUGUGUAUGCAACGAUGGAUAUUUUGGAGCUCAAUGUGAAAAGAAUUCAUGUUAUUCAUUUUCUCAAUUUGAAAAAGAAUUGGCAGCCACUCGACGAUUUUCAACGAUGAAAGCUAAUUUGUGUCAAAAGAUUUUAAAUGAGUUAUAA